AUCUUCAGAAGUGUCUUUGUGAGCUGAAACACUGCCAUCAUUCACAGAGAGCAACAUGUUUUGUAUGCUGUGGAUCAUCUUUCAGACGAUGGCUCUCCUGGUGGAAGCUGGAGGACAGUCUUCAGGUAGUGGUGAGGCUGGUGGUGGCAAUGGAGGAGUUGUGAAUGGAGGCAUGGUCGGAAACGCUGUUAACCCAGGGGUUAUGAAUGGGCUUGUCUUAAAUGGGCAACCCUUUCUGGCUCAGGUGGUACCAGUUGGUGGAUCAUUACUUAUUCAACAACCGGGUGCACUUGGUCAGGCUGCCAUGCACCAGCUGGUCCCCAUUGGUGCUCUUCAGCAGGGUGGGGCACUUCCUGUAGGACAGGCGGGAGCAGCCAAUGGCAUGCCACUACAACAGGGACAGCUUCCUCAACUAGCCAAUGGGGUUGUACCAUUAUUUGCAGUACUGCCACAGGCAAAUGGCAUCGGAGGCCCCCAGGCUCCAAUGUUGAUGCAGAUUAUUCCUGUGGGUGGAGGAAACAACCUCCAGCAGCCAGCGGCUGGAGGGAAGGCAGGCAAAGCUAGAGUCAAGCAUUCAGUCCCUUUUCAUGGAAUGCCCACAUCAACAAGAACAGAUACUCCACUGACGAAGGUGACUGCUGGGGAGGUGGAAGAAUCCUCUGGCUCUGACUCACCAGUGAAUGCUGAAGUGAGGCUGAGCAUCUGAAACUUGGACAGCAUUAUCACUAGGGUUGCAAAAUUCUGGUAACUGGGAUUUCUGGAAAGUGGGAAAAUUAACAGAAUUUUGCAACCCAAAAUUAACUAUAUAAACUGUAAUAUCAAGUACCAGAAUCUCGUCAAGCUGCCAAUUCCAGAUUACAAAU